UUGCCUGUACCCGAAUCAGACCCUAUCGUAGUCGCUCCCACGCCAACGCCAUUCGCUUCGGACGAUGCCGUUGACUACGGCGCGCUGGAACGCAACAUUGAGCGCUGGCUCGCAACACCGCUUUCCGGAUUCGUACUGACGACGGCAAACGGUGAAGAGUUGGCGCUCAGCGAGGCCGAACGCAUUGAGAUCGUGCGCGUUGCUGCUGCCGCACAUGGGGGAAAGCGUUUUACGAUUGCGGGCAUUGACAACCCGUCCACGUUAGAUACUCUGCGCUUGGCUGAUGGAUACGCCGCGGCAGGCGCGGAUCUGGUUCGCGUUCGCGUACCGAGAGGUCUUUCGGAUGCUGCGGUCGGGAGUUACUUUGAUGCAGUAACGUGCGGUGCUCCUCUGCCCGUCGUGGUCAUACAUCAGACCUUCAGCGGCGUGCCUGCCGCCUCGCCGGAAGUUCUUGGCGCCGUCUGCGCUAUGGACAACGUAUUCGGAUACAUCACUGACCACGACAUCCGCUUCGAGGGAUAUGUGCGCUCUGAAGUGCCUGAUAGCAGGCGCUUCUGGAUAUGCAACGGCGGCUUGCUUGCGUAUGGAGCGCUCAUGGGCGCAAAUGGCGCAUGUAUGUGGCUGGGCAACAUCGCGCCGAAGUUGUGCAUGGACAUCAUGACGCUUGGCUCACUGGGGCGGUUUGCCGAUGCGCGCCGACUUCAGGAAUCUGCUUCCGCACUUGACCGCACCAUCAUCAAGCACGGCACGCCCGGAGUUAAAGAGGCGCUGCGCCUUCUAGGUUUCGAGGGGAUGCGCCCCCGUCUGCCGAUAGCCCGCGUUGAUGAAGACGCCAGCGCUCAAAUUCGCGGCGUACUUGUAGCCGAAGGCCUGCUGGAAUAG